UAGGAGGAUAUAUAUCUGGUCAGUCUUCCUCAAACUUUAGUAGGAAUUUUAAUAAAGUAACAAUAGAGCAAUUGAUUUAAAAUGUGAUUCGUUACGAUCGUAACAUAAAUAUAUUUUGAGUCAUCGCAACAUAGGAGCAUAUAGCACACCGCUCUCCAAGAUAGAUUGAUAUGCAUGGCAAAGGGCACAAAACCCUUGUGGGUGUUGAGUAACUUUCUAAUUUGUGAUCUCCCCCUUCCAAUGGAGUUAGUGAUGAAACACUUGCAACUGCGGCGGGUGCUAAUGGUCGCAUUAGCCCUGGUAGUAGUAGCUGUUGCACCUCAUCAAACACUUUCUGCCACUACACCAAAACAAGCCCUACCUGGCUGCAAAUCCACUUGUGGAGAUAUCGAAAUUCCAUAUCCAUUCGGUAUAGGCAACUCGUCUACGCCGGAUCACCGAUCCUGUUUCUUGGAGCCCAAGUUUAAACUUACUUGCAACAACUCCAGAUUGAUAGCGGGUAACAUCACAGUUUCAAACAUAAGCAUCCUAGCUCACCAAAUGGACGUAUGGUUUUUCGUCGCAAAGGUUUGCAACGGAACAAACAGCACGAUCCCCUGGCUGGGAACAGGCUAUUUCAGCAUCUCUAGCAAGGACAACAAAUUACUAACUGUUGGUACCCAUAGUUAUGGAUACGUCAACAGUUAUUUCAACGGGGAGUCAUAUUCAACAGGGUGCUUAACGAGCACUCACGGCAACACAAGGAAGAUCCAAAACGGUACGUGCUCGGGUAUAGGGUGUUGCCAGGUGGAUAUUCCUACAGGGAUGAGAAACAUCACUGUACGUGCAGAAUUUCUCGAUAAUGCAACGCAAAAUUGGGGAAACUGCAGCUAUUCCUUUGUUGUCAAGAAUGGCUUUUAUAAUUUUUCUACCACUCAUCUACGUAGUCUGACAUACAAAACGCUUCCCUUGGUUCUUGAUUGGACCAUAGGAGACCGAAACUGCAAAGCAGCCAAGAAAAAAGACGACUAUGCAUGCAGGAACAAUAGCGAUUGCGAUGACAAGGAUUCUGGCUAUGGUUAUCGAUGCAGAUGUAAUCAUGGCUACCAUGGAAACCCAUACCUUCCAGAUGGCUGCACAGACAUUGACGAAUGUAAGACCGCAAACCAUACCUGCAUAAGUAAUAAAAAUUGUCGCAACACCAUCGGAAAUUACACAUGUUUCUGUCGUAAGUGGCAAACGGGAAAUGGAAGAAAGGAAGGAGGUUGUCGCAUACAUACCAUGGUAGUCAUUGGAGCAGGAGUAGGAUUUCUUAUUCUAUUUGGGGGGACUGCCAUGACGUACUUAAUAUACCAGAAAAGGAAACUUGCCAAACUAAAAGAAAAGUUCUUUCAGCAGAAUGGCGGUUUGAUUUUGCUAAGAAAACUUUCUAGAAGAGAAGACACUUCCCAAACUACUCAAGUUUUCAAAGAAGAACAGCUAAAGAAGGCCACCAACAACUUUGAUGAGAGCUCAAUCAUUGGGAAAGGAGGUUAUGGUACAGUUUUCAAAGGAUUUCUAGCAGAUAGAAACAGAACUGUAGCUAUCAAGAAGUCCAGAAUAAUUGAUGAGAGCCAAAAGGAACAAUUCAUUAAUGAGGUGAUUGUUCUAUCCCAAAUCAAUCAUAGGAAUGUGGUCAAACUCUUGGGAUGCUGUUUAGAGACAGAAAUUCCUUUACUGGUUUAUGAAUUUGUUCAAAAUGGUACCCUAUACGAAUUUAUACACACUGAAAGAAUGGUAAAUAAUGGAACUUGGAAAACUCGUCUAAGGAUAGCAGCUGAGGCAGCCGGAGCUCUAUGGUAUUUGCACUCUGCAGCCUCAAUAGCCAUUAUCCACAGAGAUGUGAAGACUGCUAACAUUCUCUUGGAUGACACUUACACCGCCAAAGUGUCUGAUUUUGGAGCUUCAAGAUUGGUUCCACUUGAUCAAACUGAAUUAGCCACAAUGGUGCAAGGAACUUUUGGCUAUCUGGAUCCGGAGUACAUGCUUACAAGCCAACUAACUGAGAAAAGUGAUGUCUACAGCUUUGGGGUAGUGCUUGUAGAGCUACUGACAGGGGAGAAACCUCUUUCUUUUAGCAGGCCAGAAGAGGAAAGAAGUCUCGCUAACCACUUUCUAUCAUGCUUGAAAGAGGAUCGCCUGAUUGAUGUUCUUCAAUUUGGCCUUCUGAAUGAAGAAAAUAAAAAGGAGAUCAUGGAAGUCACUGUUCUUGCUGCAAACUGCUUAAGACUCAAUGGGGAGGAAAGACCCAGCAUGAAGGAAGUGGCAAUGGAGUUGGAGGCAAUAAGGCAAAUGGAGAAACACCCAUGGAUCAAUAGAGAGAAAAAUCUGGAGGAGACUCAAUACUUGCUUCAUGAUGCACCAUCCAAGAUUUAUGAACAUCGUGAUAGCAGCAGCCUUCAAUAUAAUGGCUAUGACAGCAUCAGGGAUCAUGUACUAAUUGCCUUGGAUAAUGGAAGAUGAUAUGGUGACACGGCAGCAUGCACUGCAUUUCGCUUUUUAUGAAAAUUCUACAACUUUUGUAAUCUUUAUGAAACUAUCUUUAUUGUUUUCAUGUGUAUGUAUAUAUGUAUGUAGGAAUAUAUAUGUAUGUAUUUGUGUGUAUUCUAGAAUGUUAUGCAGAUAA